AUGCAUCAAACAUCAACAGUAGCUCACGGCUUUAAUCGCCAAUCUUUUCAUCGACAACCAAUAUCGAAUUUGAGACAAGUGCCUGAAAUUGUAUCGAAUCAAAACAGAGAAACUCGACAAAUGGAUAAUUGUACCCCAACUUCAUUCUCGGAUCAGCAAUCUACUUUCGAACACGUUAACCUAGGAGAACAAAUUAAUUCAACAUUACAUGAUAAUGUUCAACCACGAAUUGAACUAAACCAAAACUCAAACGAGUUUCAACAACAUUUGAAUGAAAUUAUCGCUAAUAAUGAUGAAAGUGGUUUUGCCAGGGACUUAUUAGAAACGAGUAAAACUAAUCACACUUCAAAACGACGAUCUAGAACUGCAAGUAAGGCAUCGAGCAGAAGUCAAAACCGAUUUGUAGCUAGACAAUCUACUACAGAAAUCAAUCCUAAUACUGAUAAUAUUCCAUCCCAUGGUUCAGCAUCUUUAGUCAAUUCACAGUCAACUAAUGGUUUACAUGAUUCUAUUCGACGAGAACGAAAAGCUCAUACAGUAGCUCCGUUAACUAGAAUAUCAGGACCCAUUUCUUCUGUAAAAUCAAAUAUGUUUGCUACAAUUGCUGCUCCAAUUGAUUCUCAAACAAUGAAACAAUCUUCUUUAACACAGACAAUACCCAACGAAACAAUGAAUUAUUAUCCUCAACCAGGUAUGGAAAUGAACAAUUUUAUGAACGGCGGUUAUGCACAAGAGGAAGAUGAUAAUGCUCCAAUCAUUGUGAAAGUUCGUUAUGACCCAGAAGCUGGUGGGCUACCAUCUGAAGAAGCUAUUCGUCAAAUGGUUAACAAUAGAUUACGAGACCAGUCCAAUAACAACUUCAUGAAUGAUCCAAUUGUUCUCAAUUUUACUAAUAAUACUAUUAGUUCUCCAAUUCCGCAAGGACCAACUGGAUCAGAACCACUAUAUUUUAAUCAAUCUGCUCUAACUGUUUCAUCACCGGUCAAUCAUCCAAAUAUUCACAUGCCUGUUCCUCCACAACAACAAUUACAACAACAAAACUUUCAAUUAUCACAACGACAGUAUCCACAAAAAUUCACGCAACAGCAGCAACGAUUGCAGCUACAACAAAACCGACAACAACAAUUGCAGUUGCAACAAAGACAACAACAACAACAACAACAACAAUUGCAGUUGCAACAAAGACAACAACAACAACAAUUGCAGUUACAACAAAAACAACAACAACAACAACAACAACAACGGCAGUUACAAUUACACCAAUAUCAACUGAAACAAAAAGAACUACUAAACCGACAACAAUUACAAAUGCGACAAAGAGAACAAUUACAACUACGACUACAAUUACAAAGGAGACAACAACAAUUACAACAGCAACGAAAGCAACAACUACAACGACAAGAGUUUUUACUAAAAGAGCAAAUGCAAAAACAACAGCUGCAACAAUUCCUACAACAACAGAAUCAACGAAAACAACAAUUUUUACAAUCGGAGAGACAACAAAUACAACAACAGCGGUAUCGACAACUAUUACAGCAACGGCAAAAACAACAAACAUUAUAUCAACGACAACAACAAACCUUUCCACAAAAACAACGAAAUCCAUCUCUUCCACCGAUGGGUCCACGACCAUCACGAGCUAUUGUUCCUAUUCGACCUAUGUUUAUUAAUCAGUCAUCUGAUCUAUUUCCACAAAAUAGUAACAUUCGUCCAAUACAACCUAUUCCAAUUCUUCCGAGGCCUGUAAAAACUUCAAACAAUGUCUCGACCAUUAAUAUACAACGAUUACCGUAUCGAAGUCUCAGCUUAACACAACCGAACACUCCUAUACCAACAGACAAUGGUGCAUUCAGCAGUUAUCAUCAGAAACAUUCACCAAGUCUGUUUAUACCAAUUAAUUUUGGAAUGCCUACUGAGCAACAACCAAUACCAAUAAGCAAUACUAGUAGUCGUUUUGUUUCAUCAUAUCCAUUACCAAGACCUAGUACUGCACCUGGUGCUUGUGAAAUGUAUCGACCAUCAUCGGCACUCGACAUACCUGAAUUAAGUCAAGAAAAUCUUUGUGAUAUGCUCAACCAAAUUCCGGCUUUACAUGGUCGUCGAUUUCAUAUCGAGUAUGCCGAAUCUACUCAACCUGAUGGUUAUCCAAUUCCAUCACCGUUCGAUUUGAAUAAUGAUAAAUAUCCUGUACCGGUUGUUGUUGAUGAAUUACCAAGCAAUAUUAUUCAACAUGUAAGAAGUAGUAAUAAUCUUGAACUUCAAGCUGCAUUAGAUCCAGCUGGUCAAAUAGAAAGAACUUUUCAACAUAUUGGUCAAUCUCAAACAGGCGCACCAAUGUUAAAUGGAUACUCACCAACGCUUUUCUAUCAUAACGUACUACCUCAACAAAAAGCACCGCGACAUCGAUCACUAUCAUCAUACAGUUCAGAUAGAAUUAUUGACACAUAUUCAUAUGAAAGACAAAUUACGGAACUGAAUAGAUACAAAUAG